AAACCCAGCUGGGAAACUGCAUUUAAGCUUUGGUCUUCUUUCCACUAGAGGAACCAACAAGAAGCAGCGAAGUGAAGCUGAAAAAAGAAGAAAGGCAAAGCUGUGGUCUGUUCAGCCAGUGAAACCAAAAGGCACGCCUGACGUGUUGCUUGUUCCUCUUUGCACCAGCUCAGAUGCGCACAGCUCAAACUUCCUCCUUUGAGUCCAGUGCGCCGCCGCUCCGCCGCCCUGUUCACAUCUGCAGCCUGACCGGCAGGAUUAGGGAGGAAUGGAAGCUCCGAACCAGGAAUGAGGAAUGUUCUUAACGCAGCCGUCUGAGUCCACAAGUUCAUCCACCUGAGCAAAGGCAGCCGUGACCCCAAGUGACUGAUCCAACAAGGCGGCAUCAUGGGCUGUGUGGGCUCAAAGAAGGAACAGAAGUCCACCAGCAAAGAUGCGGAUAACAGCGAGCAGCAGAACAGAGCUCAGGUACACUAUGUCAAAGACCCCACCUCUGGAAGCAAGGCUGCUGCCAAACAGGCUUCCAAUGGAGCCUCUUCAGAUGGUGAGUGUGACGCCAUUGCGCUGUACGACUAUGAGGGGAUACAUGAAGGAGACCUUGGUUUCAAGAAGGGAGAAAAACUACGGAUUUUAGAGGAAUCUGGCGAGUGGUGGAGAGCCAUGCUAAUCAGUACCGGCAAAGAAGGCUACAUUCCCAGUAAUUAUGUGGCCAAAGACACUCUGGAGACAGAGGACUGGUUCUUUAAGGGCGUGAGCAGAAAGGAUGCUGAGAGGCAGCUGCUGGCCCCAGGAAAUCGAAUCGGAUCCUUCAUGAUCCGAGACAGUGAGACCACCAAAGCUCCCAGUCUCUCACCUGUCAUGUGUGAAACCAGUACAGCGUGCAGCCCUGGCAUUAUAGGACCUGAUGUGACACUUUGUGAGGCGACAGACGUGAUGUCUCUCUGUUCUGGUCUGCCAUGGUUCUUCAUCAGAAAUCAGAUGAAGCAGGCAAUUGCAGAAGGGAUGGCAUACAUUGAGCAGAAGAACUACAUCCACAGAGACUUGAGAGCUGCCAACAUCCUGGUCAAUAAGUCCUUAGUGUGCAAAAUCGCUGACUUUGGCCUGGCUCGAAUUAUUGAGGACAACGAGUACACAGCCAGAGAGGGAGCCAAGUUCCCGAUCAAAUGGACGGCCCCUGAAGCCAUCAACUAUGGCUCCUUCACAAUAAAAUCCGACGUCUGGUCCUUUGGGAUUUUGCUGACUGAGAUCAUCAGUUAUGGACGCACGCCAUACCCAGGAAUGACCAAUCCAGAGGUGAUCCGUUCCCUGGAGAAAGGCUACCGAAUGCAGCGCCUCGACAGCUGUCCCACUGAACUCUAUGAGAUCAUGCUGGAGUGCUGGAAGAACAAGCCAGAGGACCGCCCCACCUUCGAUUACCUGCAGAGCGUCCUGGAGGAUUUCUACACAGCUACAGAGAGCCAGUACCAGCAGCAGCCAUGAGACAGCAUCCAUUACUAUGUGCUUCAGGUUGAGUUUAUGUAAGCAGCAGCUCAGGGCACAAAAAACAUGCUGGAAAUUUAGCUCUCUGCCUCUUAUCUACGCACACACAUACGGCACGGUACAGAAAUGAUGCUCAGAGAGACAGACCUUUACUCUUUUAAUAGUUUUUUCAAUGAAAAAUACAGAGUUGGAAAAGUUUUGUCAGCUUUUUCCAAAUGUGCGUUUCCACAGUCGGCUCUAUAAAAGAUGUAGUUUACACCAAAAGAUGAUUUUAAGUUCUGUGUUCAAGCAAUAAUCUCACAGUGGCAGCGAAGAUAUUAUAAAUAAAAAAGUUUGCAUCGGCAGCCGUGAACAGAACCAGCAAAGGUUUCACUUUUUACUCACAAUUUAAUCAGGCUAAUGGAUUUGAUUCCAGAGGCAGCGUCCUCCAAGGACCCGCUCUACCUGGAUCCUUGGAGGUCCAUGAAAAUAAGGAGGCUGGAAGAGUUUGGCUGAGGAUUCAAACAGGUCCAGCCUUCUCCGGCUUUCACUGCGCGUAUGCUCGGCCUUCAAAUGUUUGGAAGAUGCAGCCGCUGAAGUCGAUCUUGGCAUAAGAUACAUUUUUAUUGGUUAUGACGUUCAUUGCUCAACAGGCUGCAAAACCCGCCCAACUCUGUUGAUAAAGUAUCGCCACCUAGUGGUCUGGAGUUUUGCCCCAUGAGUUAAACAGAACCAAUCCUAAUCAGUCAGCUCUCAGAGGUGGUUGUUAUAGAUGCAGAAAAUGCCAAAUAAAACCAAAGUCUUAAAGCCUCAUUGGUUGAGGCUUUAAGUACAUUUAUAUUUCCAUAUUUCUCAGAAUUGCCCAUAAAUCCUUCAUUAAAUUAUUCUCUGUGUAAAACCUUUAGAACACGGACCAGACUGCACACUGGAAGCCGUUCAAACUUCACACAAAGAUGCCACUAAACAAUUCACUCAGGCCUCUAUUCUAAUGCACUGUACUUAGAGCCAUAACUUUCAAAGGAUGGACGUGUUUCUGGGUUUUAUUGCUGCUGUAAUUAGCGUACAGCUGCUAUCAUGUGAAAAGACGUCAAGCAAAGCCGUGCUAAUUCAAAUAUUUUUACCGCUCGCCUCUGAAAACUCAGGACUAACAGAACUAAACAGAGCAUGA